AUGCGACAGAGAGGCAACACGUCGAAAGUGAGAAGGGGCGCGCGGUAUUUAAGCAUGGAGAAAUGCUCUCACCGCAUCCACUCGCCCGUGUCCUCCCGACAACACAUCAUGGCAGCCAAGCUGAUCGUUGUAGCGACCGCCCUCGCCCUGUGCCAGGCUACCCCGGCCCUAUACAACGGUAAGGUAUCCGGAGAAGCCUUGGUGAACGACGGCUCCGCGCAGGCCUACGGCAGUGCCUCCGGUAACCAGCUAGGCCGCGCCGACCUUGUCUACCCCGCCCAGGCCGAAAUCGUCUACCCCGCCCAGGCCGACCUCGUCUACCCCGCCCAGGCCGACCACGUCUACCCAGCCCAGGCCAACGCCCAGGCCGAGCUCUAUGACGCCCCCGCCUUCCCUGUCUACGGAUCUGCAAAGGCUGUAGCCGAAGCUCAGAACGGCGAAGCCAUUUUUUACGCUCCCGCCCCCGCUGCCAUCAUCUCUUAUGAACAGAACUUUGCUCCCGCUGAGAUCAGCUACGAAGUCCCGGUCGCUCAGUCCGCGCAGUCCACUGCUUCGAUAAACGACGGUAGCGACUCUUCCAUCGCUUCAUCUUCAUCCAAUGGUGCUGGAUCCGCCAUUUCAUCCGCCCGCACCCAAGAAAUCGGCAGCUACAGGACUUAUAGCAACGCCAACACCUACGACUCUGGCUUUGGUUCAGCCUCCUCGAACGCGAACUCAGGUGUAGGCUCGGCCAUCACUGCCGCUCGGACUCAAGGCUUGAGCAACGGAUACAGCUCUGCCACUUCACAGGCCGAUGGCGGUCUGGCGAACCGCGCCACUGCUGACGCUCAAUCUAACGGAGGAUAUGGAUCAGCCUCUUCUAUUGCCGACAACGCUCAAGGCUCCGCUAUCAGCUCGGGUAAGACUCAAGGCUACACCGGCUCAGCUGCCUCCGACGCAGCCGUGAACACCGGAUAUGACAGCGCGAUCUCUGCUGCUAAAGUCGCACCUGCGCCCCAGAAGACGAUCCACUGGCGCUUCGGUACCCUCUACGGCACUCCUUCUCACAUCAACACUCGCGCUCAGGCUAACGCUAACGGCUUCAACGCUGCCAAAUCCACCGCCGACGUACACCAGGCCGGCUCCGCGCACUCCGCUGCUAACACUUACGGCUCGGACGGCUCCGCCAACGCCAACGCCAACGUGAACGAAGGCUACGGCUCCGCCAACUCCGAGGCCAACACCCAGGGCUCCGGUUUCGCCAAGAGCGCCGCCAACACUCAAGGAUCUGGCUACGGCUCCGCUCAGUCUCAGGCCAACACUCACGGCGCCGGCUUCGGCGCGGCCAAGUCGUCUGCCAACACCGGUUACGGCUCUGCCAACGCUAACGCCGACGUCAACGGAGGAUCUGGUUUCGCGAAGUCCGCAGCCAACAACGGCUUGGGUUACGGAUCGGCCGUAUCUUCAGCCAACAGCAAUGGUUUCGGGUCGACGCGCUCGGACGCCAACGUCGCGGGCUCCGCCUUCAGCGCCAGCAACGCUGCGCGCCUCGCCGCCGUGUCGUCCGCACGCUCGCAGGGCGUGGACGCGGCCUACAGGGUGGCCAACUCCGCCGCCAACACGCACGGGUUCGGCUCGGCGUACGCUAACGCUAGAGUUCACUAAGUCAAACAGCAAAUUAGCAAGUACAACAAGAUGACAA